AUGGUUACCUAUGUGUCGAAGUUGGCCCUUCCUUAUUUUGUACGUAACUCGGAUCUUAAGUUAUCUGGCUCCUGCAUGUCGACUUUUGUAAAGAUUUUCGUGGAUCUCAGAAAACUGAAGCUCCCCGCGAUAAAACUUUUGGAUGCCAUGGCGAAGCCACCUUAUGGUUUGUUGCACGGAACCUUCAGUGUAAUGGGCGAUUAUGACCAGUGCCUGGAAGUCAGUUCAACCAAGAAAGGUGAUGUGCCCAAAAAUAAAAAGGAUGAGUACUACCACGGACAGUACUGUACAGUGGAGGUGGAAUUUCCUCCCAAGAUACUAGAGGCUAUCAAGGAUUACAAUAACAAAAAAAUAAACCUCACAGAUUUCGGGAAACUUGGCAGUUUUAUUGGAGAGUUCCCUGGCACUAAUUUUGCUGGAAAGUAUUUCAAAUACGGCAUUGGAAUCUGUCUACCAUCGACGUGCUCAUUGCAAGAUUUGAAGGAAAUACUAAAACUCAUACCAGUAAAUUUUCUUCCGAUGGAUGCAAAGCGAUGCGAUGAUGGUAGCAGAAAACCACUAAACACUGAUCAAAUGGUAUUUUUGGUCGUUCUGUUGCUGAUAGCAUCUUUCGUUGUCCUCGGCACUGUACUGGAUGCAUAUUUUUACAUCAGAAUACCUCACUAUUCCGGAAGCCACAAAAGUGAGUUUCAUUCAUCUUUCAUAAAUAACGACUUAAAGGGUUUAGUUUUCCAGUUUCACAUUUAA